AUGGCCUCGGGGGCGCCCGCAGACCGGCUGCGCGACGAGGCCCGCUGCCCCGUGUGCCUAGACUUCCUGCAGGAGCCGGUCAGCGUGGACUGCGGCCACAGCUUCUGCCGCGCCUGCAUCUCUGAGCUGUGCGAGAAGGCAGAGAGCUCGCGCGGCGGCGUCUACGCCUGCCCGCAGUGCCGCGGCCCCUUCCGGCCCACUAGCCUCCGGCCCAACCGGCAGCUGGCCGGCCUGGUGGACAGCGUGCGGCGGCUGGGGCUGGCGGCGGUUCCGACGGGGGCGCGGCGCUGCGCGCGGCACCGGGAACCACUGAGCCGCUUCUGCGAGGAGGAGCUCCUGGCGCUGUGCUGGGUGUGCACGGCCGCCGAGCACCGGGGCCACCGCACCGCGCCGCUGCCGGAGGCGGCCGCGCGCUACCAGGUGAAGCUCCAGAGGGCUCUGGAGCAUGUGCGGAAAGAGCUGGAGGAAGCCUUGGUGCAGGAGGCCAAUGUGGGGAAGAAGACGGUCAUCUGGAAGGAGAAGGUGGAGAUGCAGAGGCAGCGCUUCCGGCUGGAGUUUGAGAAGCAUCGGGGCUACUUGGCCAUGGAGGAGCAGCUGCAGCUGCGGCGGCUGGAGGAGGAGGAGCGAGGCACGCUGCAGAAGCUGCGGGACAGCAAAAGCCGGCUGGCCCAGCACAACAAGGCCCUGAGGGAGCUGGCCGAGGAGCUGGAGGAGCGGAGCCGGCGCCCGGACCUUGACCUGCUGGAGGGAGUAGGAGGAGCCUUGGGCAGAAGUGAGGCUGUGACUCGCCCGGAGCUGGAGACCAUCCCCCUGGAGCUGAGGACGCUGUGCCGCAUCCCGGGCAUGCGAGACAUGCUGAGGAGGUUCCGGGCCGACGUGAAGCUGGACCCGGCCACGGCGCACCCCAGCCUGCUGCUGACCGCCGACCUCCGCAGCGUGCAGGACGGCGCGCGCCCCAGGGGCGUCCCAGGCAACCCCGAGCGCUUCGACACGUGGCCGUGCGUGCUGGGCCUGCAGGGCUUCUCGUCUGGGCGCCACUACUGGGAGGUCGCCGUCGGCGAGCGCGCCGAGUGGGGCCUGGGCGUGUGCCAAGACGCCGCGCCGCGGGCCGGGGAGAGCACGCCGUCCCCGGAGCACGGGGUCUGGGCCAUGUGGCUGCUGCGCGACGACGAAUACCUGGUGCUGGCCUCGCCGCCAGCGCCUGCCGUGCGCUCGCGCCGGCCGCGCCGCGUGGGCGUGUUCCUGGACUACGAGGCGGGAGAAGUGUCCUUCUACGACGCCGCGGACGGCGCGCACAUCUACUCGUUCCGCCAGCUCUUCGCGGGCGUGCUGCGACCCUAUUUCUUCGUGUGCGACCACACGCCGCUGGUCCUGCAGCCGCUGGGCGACGCCGGGGAGGGAGAGGCGGCCUGA